AUGUCUAGACGGUUUAGCACAACUUGUCUACUUUCCAAUUUGAAGGCAAGAGAUGCUGCUGGAGCCAAGGAACAUUUUCAACAGCUUGCAUCAACAUGGUGGGAUAGCUAUGGGCCACAAAGGAUACUUCACAAGAUGAAUGUUUUACGUAUGGACUUCAUAGGUGACAACAUCAGAUCUCACAUUUUAGUUAAUAAGAACGCUAAGAGUGAAGAAGAGAAGAUCUUUAUUCCAGGAUGGAAUUAUAAGAACUUACUACCGAACGAGGUGUCCAAUCAAAUUGACAACGAAUUGAAUAAUGCUACUUGGAGAAUUUACAAGGACAUGAAACUGAAUUGCCUAGAUAUAGGUUGCGGCGGAGGUCUUUUAUCCGAAUCACUUGCUCGUCUUCCCAAUGUGAGAAGUGUAAAGGGAAUUGAUAUGACACCGGAAGUAAUUUCAGUAGCAAGGGAACAUGCCAAGCUUGAUCCCAUUUUGGAAAGCAAACUUGAAUAUCAAGUGACUUCUCUUGAUGAUGUGCCCAACUCAGAAACUUUCGAUGUUGUGACGUGUAUGGAGAUGCUUGAGCAUGUUGAAUACCCGUCCGUUGUCUUGAAGGAAGCUCUCUCUCACGUAAAGCCAGGAGGAUACCUUUUCCUUUCCACUAUCAAUCGGGAUUUUGUUUCUUGGUUCACAACUAUUUUCAUGGGCGAACAUAUAUUAAAGAUUGUUCCAUUGGGAACUCACACUUAUUCCAAAUACAUCAAGGAGGCAGAAAUUGAAGACUUCAUGACUACAAUUAAGGACUUUGAGGUAAUUGACUCUAAGGGCUGUGCUUAUCUUCCUGCUGUUGGAUGGUUUUACACUCCAACACCGAAUAUUGGAAACUAUUUAAUGGCUCUCAGGAGAAAAAAAGAUCCUGAAGAGAAUUGA